AUGAUCAAAAUAAUUCCACCAGGCUAUAUUAAUUGUCUAGCAAAUUGCUUUAAUACUUGGUUAAAAGAAUAUAGGUAUCCAGAUGUUUGGAAAUUAGCUAAAAUAAUUACAUUGAAUAAACUAAAAGCAGGAGUACCUCGUUGUGAUCAAACACGACCAAUAUCACUUUUAGCAACACAUUCCAAGCUUUUUGAGAAAAUUAUGCUAGAAAGAAUAAGACUAUGGGCUGAAACUAAUAGUUUAGUUCCAAUCGAACAGUCGAGAUUUCGUCCAGGUUGUCUUCUUCCUACCAGAGUUAUAUCUAUAUAUCAAGAAGUCAAAAACAAUAUGACAGCUAAUAUUCCAACGCUAGCAAUUUAUGUAGACUAUCAAAAGGCCUACGAUAAAGUGUGGCAUAAAGGUCUUAUCGUAAAACUCAACAGACUCAGUAUUCCUUUAGGACUAUUAAAAUUAAUUGUAUCGUGGUUAAAUGAUCGACGUGCAUAUGUUUUAUUUGGAGAAAGCAAGUCGGAUAUAUUUUACACUUAUGUCGGUCUGCCUCAAGGUAGUAGUUUAAGUUCAUAUCUGUUUAUUGUCUAUCAUUGUGACCUAGUUGCAUGUGUAAGUGCUCAUUCUAGCCACAUAGUUGAGAAUGAUCUCAACAUACUCAUAUCUCCGCCAAUAUGCCGUGAUAUAAAGUCAAUGAUUAAGUUUCUAGAAGAGGAAGGAACUAAAAUUUGUAGCCAAAUAGCGAACUAUUCGAAAAAAUGGAAACAACCAGUUAAUGUAUCUAAAACAGUAGCACAGAUUUUUCACACACAAGUGCAAAAUCCAAUAAUCAAUGUUUUUAUGAAUGGCAAGAAAUUAGAAGUAGUUAAAGAGUUUAAGUAUCUAGGCUUCGCCUGGACGAAUAAGAUGUCCUUAAAACCAACAAUUGAUAAAACUCUUGAGAAUAUUCAAAGAACAUUCAGUAAGUUAAGAUGGAUGAAAGGUGGUAAAACUGUCUCAACAGACGUUUUGAGAAAAUGUUUCUUUGCGUACAGUUUUCCGUAUUUUGCCUGGAUGUUUCCACUGUAUCCAUUCCUACCGAAAAUCCAAAAAGAGUUGUUGUUAAGAAAGUUUAGAAACGGAUUAAGACUAGUUCAUCGCCGUCCCUUUGCUCGAGCAACAAACAUUCUACAAAUAACAAAAGAAGAUUCUUUAGAAGACUAUGUAAAACGAUAUAUAAAGAAAAUAUUAGAACGAAUUGAAAAAUCAGAUUUAAGUCGCUCGCCCUUCUACAAUGAUAUAUUUUGUUGGGACCCAUGUAAUAAAAACCGCAUGAAAAUCGGCGGUUAA